AUGCAAGUAAAAUAAACUUAAGACUGUUAAGAGACAAUUUGUAAGAUUCAUAAUUUGGAAUUUAUUGCUGUUGAUUUGGAUAUGUCAGAUAAAUCGCAGAUUUAAUUUUUUUGUGGCAAAUGUUUAGUGGAUAAAUUAAACAAUAAUAAAGUAACAACUAUUGAACAAUCAAAAGAAAGAAUUUAAAAAAUAAAGACUUAAUAACAAGAAAUUAAGACUAAAGAGAAUUAAUCUAGACUGAACUAUUAUAAGAAUAUUCUAGAUCAAAUAAUGGACUUUAAAAGAUCUAUUGAUGAUUCUUUAGAAAAGAUGUAUAAACAAAUAUAAUAAUAUAUAUUUCCAAUUUAAAAAGAGAAAUCAGAAUUACAUGAAUAAUACUUAUAAUUAAAUUACUUUGAAGAUAUAAAAUAAUUAUCAGAAUUAUAUUCUUAAGAUAAUAAAUUACAAUCAACUAAGUUAAUAGAAGAUAAUAAUUUUAUAGAUGAAAUAACAAGACAAUUUGAAUUACUUUUUAAUAAUGCUGAAUAUUUCUAGACUUUAGAUAUAUUCAAGAAAACUAAAUAAACAAUUGAAGAUUUAAUGGAAAAUAAUAUAUUGUAGUUACCACCGUUAUUGGUUACAAAAAAUGAAUCUGUAAGAGUAAAUCAUUUAUUAAUAGAAAACACCAAGUUUAAAUAGAAUUUGCCCUAAUCAUAAAAAAGAAAUUAUUAUGAUUGAUAUGGACUCUUAGAAUAAGAAAAUUGAAGAUAGGUUUGCAUGUGUUGACUGCAUUGCUGAGAACCCAUAAAUAAAAUACUCUACAAUCGAAUCUAUUAAUAAAUAAUGGAGAGAUUACAAUUCAGAAUCAGAUAAAAUUAUAUCAGAGUAUCAACAGGAAAGCAAAAAUAAAAAAUCUGAUUUAUUCAAAUUAAUUGCUUCAAUGAGAAAAAAUUACAAUAAAAAGUUGAAUGAAAUCAGUGAGAAAGUAAUAUCAGAAUAGUUUUAAUCAUUUGAUAAAAGCAAAUAAACAAAAUAAAUAAAUAAUGUAACAAUUUAGGUUUUAGAAGAUGAAUAAUUGUUAAAAGAUUUAAAAUAAUUAAUUGAUAAAUAAAAAAUAACUUAAAACUAAUAAUUAAUUAACUUAAAAAAUCAAGAUUCUAUAUUUAAAAAAGAAAUUGAGAAUCAUUUAGAAUCAUUGAAAUAGUAUUAUCAAUAAGAUGUACAAUAAUCAUUAGACAUUCUCAAAGAAAUAUCAAGUAUUAAUUUAUAAAUCUCUUUAAGUUGAAAAAAAUUUAAUUUUAUAGUUAUCUGAAUUCAUUUAAUAAUUUUCUAAAUGCACAUUACAAAAGGAUGAUAAUUAUCAAGACUUGAUUCAAAUUAUUAAUAAUGUGGAAGAAUUGAUUAAUUAGGCUAAAGACUAUUAAUGCUAAUCAAAUCUAUUUGAAUAGACUGUAACUUUAUAUUAAUAGCAUACUAAUAAAAUAGAUUAGAUUUAAUAAAAAAUUUAAAAUUCGACUAAAGAUUAAGUUAUUAAACCAGAAUCAAUAAACGCAUCAUUUUAAAAUCUAUCUAACGUCUUAAAUGAUUAUACUAUCACUAUCGAUAAUAAAAGUAAAUAAAUAAAGAAAUUUUGUAAUAUUUAAUAAUUGGAGAUAGAUUUAAUCAAAGUAGCAGAGAGGAAUAAAAAUUUGGAAGUUGAAAGUAAUUUUAUAUCAAUGAAAAAUAGAUGCAAACCUUUUAAAUCAAAUUUAAAUGUCUUUAGAUUAAAAAUAAUAAGAAGAUUAAGAAGCUCUAAUUAAAUUAAAAGACGAAAGUAUUGUAAAAUUAAUUUUUAGGUUAACAACAAAUCAAUAGUAUAAAUGCAAAAUUAUAAUUAUAAGAAAAAGAAAAUAUAAAGUUCAAAGAAUUAUUUGAAUAACAAACAGAAGAAAUGAUAAAUCUUAAAAAGUAGAAUGAGGAGGAUAAACUAAAUACUAUCAAAAAUUUAGAAAAUAAAAGUAAAUAUUUAAUUAGAAUUGACUAGAGAAUACAGAAAUUUUAGAAAUAAAUAAAAGAUUGAAUCAAAAGGAAUCAGAAAUUUAAAUAAUUCAAAGACAACUUGAUUACUUUAAUCAAGUAUAUUCUAUAUAGUAUCCAAAAUCUUUAUUAUUUUCAAAUACUAACAAGCAUGGUAGUUGUUAAGUAAGUGAAGGUGGAAAAGUUGUGGAAUGUAAUGGAGGUUAUUAUAGUUGUCUUUGCGAUUAAGCUAUUCAAAGACUGGAAAAAUACAAUUUGCAUUCUAAAUGCUUAAAAUUUCUCCUUAUGCUUUUGUAGGAGUUGGAUUUAGAGAUUUUAUCUAAAAAAAUAAUUAUUCUGGUUAUGGAAAUGGUGGGUAUUAAAUUAAUUAAAUCUUAUUAGACAGUAUUUAAUAAGUAGUGAUCAAUAUACUUAUUCUCAUCAUUAAAACGAAAUAAAUAAGAGACCAUUAUCAAAAUUCUCCUUUGCUACUAAUGAUAUUAUAAUAAUAGAAGUAAGUAUUGAAUUAAAAUACAUUAAAUGGACAAAAUAGAAUAAUGCAUAAGAAAUUGUUGUAACCAUCAAAUCUAUAUUUAGUAGUUGGAAUUAGACACAUCCAUAUAAUAAGAAUUAUAUCCUUGUGUAUGUCUUCAUAGUUCUAAGGUAAGAAUAUUGGAAAAUAUUCCCAUUUGACUUCGAAGAUAUGAUAUUAAGUUUGAAAUAAUACAAAAUAAUGUUAAAAAAUAUAUUUAUUUUAAUAUAUUCCUUUAAGCAUUAAAUAAUUUUUUCUAUUAGAAGUCAAAAUGCGAUUUAUCAAAAAAUAAUGAGUGUUGUCUCAUCAAGAUUGAAAUCUUCUAAUAAAAAGUUAUUUUAUGUAAAUUAAAAAUCCUUAAAUCCAAUAUUAAUUAAGCAGAGUUACGAUGAAAAGCUAAUGAAAAUUGGCAAACAAAAGUUAAAAAUGGAGUUAUUUUUUUAAGGCUAACUUUUAGGAAUAUAAAUUAUCCUGAUUUAUCAUCACAUUAUAAACAUCCUCUUACAGUAGAAAAUCAAUAUGAUAUCUUUUUUAAUCUUCUUAAACUUUUAACAUAAUUAUCUAUCCCUCAAAAAUAAUCAUUGUAAAAAUUAAAGAGUUCUUAUAAUUUCCGAUUGGUUUCACUUAUAAAAUAGAUUAAGAAAAUAAUUAAAAAUGUUAUAAAUUUAUACCAUAUUCAUUUGUUAGCUGGGAUUUACUAAAAAAUUGCUUGUUUGCGAAUCAAAAAAAUAAAAAUGUUAAAGGUUUAACUGGUUCUGCCAAAUAGCUCUGUGA